UACGGAACGAAAGGAAAUGGCCAGUGUUCCUUGGAAACUGUAGUCUUAUGAAGAGCCGCUUCAGCUAUCGGAAGCAGGCACAAUCCUCACAGAAACCCAGUUGCCAGAUUGAAAACCUUGGCGCGGUUAUGCAUUCAACAGCUAUGGAUUGGAGUGGUGUUAUGUUUUCGUAUCUUGAGAACGGAGACUAGGCUAAAGAACUUACAAGUCCUAGGAAGACUACAAUUCCCAUCCAGCCCCACGCGUCUGGGACAAAUAGUCCUAAGGGUUUUUUUUUUAAGGCUGCAAAAAGAAAUCGACCUAGGGGAAAAACUGACUUCUGCCAAGCAAAGCACCAGAGCAUGGAACCACAGGUUACUCUAAAUGUGAUUUUUAAAAAUGAAACUCAAAGCUUUCUGGUAUCUGAUCCAGAAAAUACAACUUGGGCUGAUGUUGAAGCUAUGGUAAAAGUUUCAUUUGAUCUGAACACUAUUCAAAUAAAAUACCUGGAUGAAGAAAAUGAAGAGGUAUCCAUCAAUAGUCAAGGAGAAUAUGAAGAAGCACUUAAGAUGGCAGUUAAACAGGGAAAUCAACUGCAGAUGCAAGUCCAUGAAGGACACCAUGUUGAUGAAGCCUCACCCCCAGUUGUAGCAGAAAAACGACUAACUGCUGCUGGGAAGAAGCCUCUUGCACAUUAUUCUUCACUGGUGAGAGCCUUGGGAUCAGACAUGAAGACCCCAGAGAAGCCUGCAGCAAAGUCAUUUCCACUUGCUCCCUGUAAUAUAGACCAGCCUCAAGACAAGCCCCCAGACUGGUUCACAAGCUACCUGGAGAUAUUCAGAGAGCAAGUGGUUAAGGAAACGGUUGAGAAGCUUGAACAGAAAUUACGUGAGAAGCUUGUCCUCCAGAACCCAUCCUUGGAUUCUUGUCCCUCAGAAGUCUCAAUGCCUAUUUCAGAGGAAACACUGUUUUUGCCAGAAACCAAGUUCACCUGGCAUAUUGCUUGCAGCAACUGCCAAAAUAGGAUUGUAGGUGCGCGCUACCAGUGUAGCCUGUGCCCAUCCUACAAUAUCUGUGAAGAUUGUGAGGCAGGGCCAUAUGCCCAUGACAUUAACCACGUCCUGCUGAAGUUGCGGAGACCUGUUGUGGGUUCCUCUGAACCAGUCUCUCACUCAAAGUGCUCUGCUCCUCGUCUUCCUGCUGCUCUGGAGCAAGUCAGGCUUCAGAAACAGGUUGAUAAGAACUUUAUUAAAGCAGAAAAGCAAAGGUUGCGAGCUGAGAAGAAACAGCGUAAAGCAGAAGUCAAGGAACUUAAAAAGCAGCUUAAACUCCACAAGAAGAUCUAUCUGUGGAAUUCGAUCCAUGGACUCCAGAGCCUCAAGUCUCCUUUGGGCCGACCUGAAAGCUUGCCUCAGUCUAACGCCCUGAUGCUCCCUUUGCAGCCCUGUGCCUCAGUUAUGCCAAUGCUCAGUGCAGCAUUUGUGGAUGAGAAUUUGCCUGAUGGGACUCACCUUCAGCCAGGAACCAAGUUUAUCAAACACUGGAGGAUGAAAAAUACAGGAAAUGUAAAGUGGAGUGCAGACACUAAGCUCAAGUUCAUGUGGGGCAACCUGACUUUGGCUUCUACAGAAAAGAAGAAUGUUUUGGUUCCCUGCCUUAAGGCUGGCCAUGUGGGAGUUGUGUCUGUGGAGUUCAUCGCUCCCACCUUGGAGGGAACAUACACUUCUCAUUGGCGUCUUUCUCACAAAGGCCAGAAGUUUGGACCUCGGGUCUGGUGCAGUAUCAUAGUGGAUCCUUUCCCCUCUGAAGAGAGCCCUGAUAACACUGCAAAGGGCAUGAUCAGCUCCAGCAAAGCUGAUGAUCUCAACUGCAAGCAAGAGGAAGUUUUUCUUCUGACUAAAGAAGAAAUCCAGCUUGGUGAAGUAGCUGAGCAGACAGAAGGGACAGGAAACUGCAUACCACAGAAGAUGAAAAAUGUUGCCAGUGAAAGGGAGCUCUAUAUCCCAUCUGUAGACCUUCUGACUGCCCAGGACCUGCUGUCCUUUGAGCUGUUGGAUAUAAACAUUGUCCAAGAGUUGGAGAGAGUACCCCACAACACCCCUGUGGAUAUGACUCCCUGCAUGUCUCCUCUGCCACAUGACAGUCCUUUACUAGAGAAGCCAGGCUUGGGGCAGAUACAGGAAGAAAGUGAAGGGAUGGGAUUUAAAGCACUUCCUGAUUCCAUGGUGUCAGUAAAGAGGAAGACUGAGAACCUUGCUUCCGUGGAAGAAGCAGAGGAAGACCUGAGCGGGACCCAGUUUGUGUGUGAGACAGUAAUCCGAUCCCUUACCUUGGAUGCUGCCCCAGAUCACAACCCACCUUGCAGACACAAGUCCCUGCAGAUGAAAUUUGCCUUGCCUGAAGCGGGACCACUUGGAGAUGCGAGGGAGGAGAUUGUCCAUGUUGCUGAGGAAGAAGUCGUCAUGGAGGAGGAGGAAGAGGAGGAUGAGCUCAAAGAUGAAGUUCAGAGUCAAUCUUCUGCUUCCUCAGAGGAUUAUAUCAUCAUCCUUCCUGAGUGCUUUGAUACCAGCCGCCCCCUGGGAGACUCCAUGUACAGUUCUGCACUCUCACAGCCAGGCCUGGAGCAAGUGGCUGAAGGCGAGCCUAGAGUUGAGGCUGGGCAGGAACCAGCAGAGGCUGGGGAGAGACUCCCUGGAGGGGAGAAACAGCCACAUGAGCACAGCAUCAAUGACAUCCUCAUGACCUCACAGACUCUGGAAACAGCGCCCCUAAUCCCAGAGGUGGUGGGGCUCCUACCACCACUGCCCAGGAGUCCUCCUUGUGUACAGCAUCAUGGUUCCCCAGGAGUGGAUUUACCAAUUACCAUACCAGAAGUUUCUUCAGUCCCUGAUCAGAUCAGAGGAGAGCCCAGAGGCUCAUCAGGACUUGUAAACAGCAGACAGAAGAGCUAUGACCAUUCAAGGCACCACCACGGGAGCAGCAUUGCUGGAGGACUGGUGAAGGGGGCUUUGUCUGUGGCUGCCUCUGCAUACAAGGCCCUAUUUGCUGGGCCCCCAGUCAUUGCACAGCCAGUAGUUUCUGAAGAUCAGACAGCAGCCCUGAUGGCCCAUCUCUUUGAAAUGGGAUUCUGUGACAGGCAGCUGAACCUAAGGCUGCUGAAGAAACACAAUUAUAACAUCCUGCAGGUUGUGACAGAACUUCUUCAGGUCAACAACAAUGACUGGUACAGCCACCGCUAUUGAGGAGUAACCUUGUAUUAAAUAACUCUGCCUGCUGCUCAGAGAUGAUCUUUAGUCUAUCAUUGGGGUGUGGAGUAGAAGCCCUUGCUUGUUUUCUAAUCUGAUGAAUCUAUAUAGAACCCAUCAAGACACUGCCUGUCAGUAUUUUGGGGAGCAAAUCAAAGACCAGAACUUAAAUUUUCACUUUAGUCUUUGGAUGAAUAGUAGGAAGACAGUUUUUCAAUUGACUUGGAUAAAACUCCUUCAUUUUAGAGCAUUAAAGAGUGUAACUUGAACUUCCUAUAGAA